AUGCCUGUCCUGCCAAAGAUUCCAGAGCCCCUACUAUUCCGGUCAAUGGGGACACUUGUCGAAUCCACACCAGGAGAGAUCACCGUGUCUGAUUCUACAUUGAAUCACGACUUCUAUUCGGCAGCUGGGACGUGGCUGCAAUCGAACUGGACUUACCAGCUCUCUGAACCCGGAUCAAUGCAAAUGCUCGAUAGCUGGAGUCCACGGAUGCUUAAAACGCCGCGGACUUUCCUCCUCGGUUCCCCAGAGACUACUACGGAUGAAGAGGAUACAUACCAUCUUCUGUCGAGCAGUCACUCGGCCGGCUUGCAAUAUCCACAUGAUUGGAAUUCUUGUCAGAGCGAUUCUACAUUCUCCUUUGAUCUCGAUGACAAGGGUGUUUCUACAAGCGACAGAAACUAUUCCCUUGUUUCUUCGCCGCAGAAAUGCCAGCCAUCUGAAACCUCCAUAUCCGACGUUAACUGUACAAGUAUCAAACCGCAGAUGCCAUUAUUCACGGAUUCAUCGAGCCCAUCACUUGGACGACGCAGCUCUACUUGCACAGCGACCCUGAUGUCCUAUCCUGCCCCGCACGAAGAAAGUAUGGAUAUUGGCAUAGGAGAUCUUGAUGAAAGCGAAAAUACCGAGCCGCCGUAUUCCCAACUUAUCUAUCGGGCCCUCAAGUCUGCGCCUGGAAUGAGGUUGUCUCUCCAGGACAUUUACAGUUGGUUUGAAAGGAAUACAGCCAAGGGCAGAGGUCCACGUCCCAAAGCCUGGCAAAGCAGCAUCCGCCAUAAUCUGUCGAUGAACGCGGCAUUCGAGGCUGUGAGGGAAGAGCUUCCAACAAGAAAGAAGGCGAACAGCUUCUGGCGGCUGACUGAAGACGCCAUCAGGAAUGGUGGCGUAGAGCCGACCACAAGGUAUCGCAACUGGAAGCAGAAGAAAUCCGUCAUCAGGUCGGAACAUCAUCUGGCGCCUCAACGCCAACGCUCCUCCUCCGGUGCCAAGGGAGGCAAAGCCACCACCAGGACGGCUGCGAAGAUACGACGCGACGAGCACGACGUCAGCGGAUUUUCUUCUCAUGAUUUUUUUACUUGUCAGCAACAACAGCUUACGGACAUGGAUAAUCAUCAUCGGCAUCCUCGUACGCCUGUGUCGUCGCAUACAGGACUUUGGACCCUCUCGUUAUCAUCGAGCCCGACUUUCUUUGGCUGUUCUGAGUCGAGUUGUCUGAAUGAAUAA